AAAUGGAGAGUGUUUCUCGGUUUCAAGCGUUUGAGAUCUGUACAAGCUUGUGUUUUACCUUAUUUCUUGAGUGUCAACGGUUUCCCCAACUUUUGACGUAGACAAUUUCUUCAAAUAUGACUUCUUGGGUAUCUUUGUUAGCUGUUCUGGCUGCGUGUGCGCCGCAGGUUCAUGCGUCGUGUGCGUAUGGGACGCAUCUUCACCGGAGAGCCGAUGUUAUUCAAGCUCCCAAAUUUGGAUACUCUGCUGCCAAUGGCCCAGCAAACUGGUACAACUUAGACCCCAAGGCCAACGAACUAUGCGCAACUGGUCACCACCAAUCCCCCAUCAACCUCGCCGACGGUUCAUUCAACAUCAUCCCCGCCUCAGACCUAAACAUUGAGAUCCCAAACUUUACCAAGGGCGCUGAGUUUGAGAACUUGGGAAGUACCGUCGAAGUAGUCACCGAAGGACUCGGCGGUAAAAUCACCAUCGAAAACACGACAUAUCAUCUCAAGCAAUUCCACUUCCAUCUUCCCAGCGAGCACAUUGACAACGGUACCAGUCUGGCCAUGGAGAUGCACAUGGUUCACGCAAGUGCGGACAACAAACUCGCUGUCAUCGGUGUUUUCAUCGAUCUCGACGAUGGAGCGGCCGAUUCGUAUAAAUUCAGGGAGACGCGCAAGGGCAAGACAGACACCCCUGCUACGAAAUCCACUGUCGUUACUACCGUUCUCAACUCGGUGGAUAAGAUUGCGACCCUAGGACAAACCACUCACAUCAAGUCGCUCAAAAUGUCCGAGAUUGUAUCUCUUCUCAACAAGGGCGAUUUCCAAUCAUACUCGGGUUCGCUUACUACACCGCCCUGUAGUGAGGAUGUCAAGUGGCUCGUCUCCACUCAGAAGGUUUCUAUUCCUACGCGAACUUAUUUGAAGGCCCGAUCUGUCAUCGGCUACAACGCUCGCUUCCCUCAAAAUGUGCCAGGGGAGGAGAAUAUCUUGAGCUUAGUGGCCGAUGAGAUUGAGCACCACGAUGACUAGAUUAAGUUGUACACCAUGGUGGUUGUCUGUUUGGAGUAGAGGAAUCAUUUGAUCAAGUCAGUAGAGUAACGUAUGGGAGGCAAAGUGAGCGAUUAUUUACAUGUAUUGAUAUUAGAAGGCGAUAUAAACGCAAGCAUAAGCAUACAAUACGAUCAAUUUCCGAUUUCAC